AUGGAGCUGCUGCACUUGCUAGUGUUUUGUUUACCGGGCUUGUUAGCCCUAGACGGCUAUUCUUCUUCUUCUAGCAGCAGUUUGUUAUUUGCUGCUGCUGCUGCUGCUGCACCUGGAGGAGACGGUUAUACAUCAGGAGAUAUUACAGAAGGCUAUACAACAGACGACGGAGUUCUCUCUUCUGCUGCUGCUGCUGCUGGGUCUUCGCGAGCACCACCUAAACGGAAACGAAGAAGACGACGAAAGAGGCUAAGAGAUCUGCUUAAAGGCGCAAAGAAUAGCAUUACGAAGCCUCUUAAAACUUUAGGCGAGAGAAGAAGAAGAAGAAGAAGACGAAGAAGACAAAAAGAAGAAGGGACUCUAACUGGGUAUAAGAAGAUAGGGUCUCCAGGGGGCCCCUUACCUUCAGAAGAAGCUGCUGCAGCUGAUGCUAUUGUCGGUGCUGCUGCUACUGCUGCUGCAACAAACAAACACUCUAUCGGCGACUCUUCAGAUGCGUCGGGAGAAGAGACUACAGCAGCAGAGACAUCAGACGAUGAGAGCCGGCAAAGCCGUCGGCCUACCCUCCUCGCAUCUGUCCGUGUCCACCAAGGAGACAGUGGAGAAACCGAGGAGCAGCAGCAGCAGCAGCAGCAGCAGCAGCAGCAGCAGCAGCAGCAGCAGCAGCAGCAUGGAGAUGAUCACCAAGAGCAGCCGCAUCAUCAGCAGCAGCAGCCGCAGCCGCCGCCGCCGCCGCCGCCGCACCAUCAACCUCAUGAAGAAAGCCACGAAGGGCAGCAGCAGCAUGGAGAGGAAGGGCAGCAUCAAGGGCAGCAAGGGACAGAGCAGCAGCAUCAGCAGCAGCAGCAACAGCAUCCUGGAGGUCACCCCCAAGUGCAUCAGCCGCAGCAACAACAGCAAGAUCAUGAUGAUGCGGACGGGCACCCGCAACAGCAGCAAGAGCAGCAGCAGCAGCAUCAGCAGCAGCAGCCACCACAUCCCGCUCCACGCCGACGCUUUGGUAGUUCGAGGCAGAGCCUUCCUACUAUAACAGAAGCAGAUGAAAAACAAAGUGAUGAAGAGACAACAACAAGCAAAACUCAGGGCGAACGGCAACGCCCGAUACCAGCCCCUCGCACUUUUCCGCCGCAUAGAUCUGGAGCUGGAGGUGAGCAGCAGCAGCAGCAGCAGCAGCAGCAGCAGCAGCAAGAGCAGCAAGAGCAGCAGCAGCAGCAGCAGCAAGAGCAGCAAGAGCAGCAUCGCGGUUCAGCUGAGCAUACACCUGAACCCCACAGUGGUGAUGCAGACCAUAAUAAAUCUGAUGAUUCACAUCCACAUACACCCGAACACCAGCCAGCAGAUGCACAUACACCUGCACAUCCGCCUAUACCUAGACCCCGCACUCGUUCGCUUCCUACUCAGAGACCUACACCUAAACCUCGUACUAAACUACCACCUCCAAAGUAA